AGUCCUGAAUUUAAGGGACUGCCGUUACAACUACUGAAGAAAAUCACGAAUGGCUUCUCCAUGGAGCGAAUGAUUGGUACUGGUGCAUUUGGAACAGUUUAUCUGGGAACUAUGCAAGAUGGUGAAAUGAUUGCCGUGAAGAAACUUGCAGAAAAUGUGCACGUGGCACGAGACGAAGGAUUCACUUAUGAGGCUAAAAAUAUUUUGUCCCUCAAACAUGAAAAUGUGGUACAUUUUGUUGGCAUCUGCUAUGGAAUGUAUAAGGAAGUGGCGCAACACAAUGGAAGAUAUAUUACUGCAGACAUUGUUGAAAUUUCCCUCUGCUACGAAUAUUUACGACAAGGAAGUCUUCAGAAGAAUCUUUUUGACUUUCCCAGUAGAAUUGGUUGGGACACACGCUUUAAAAUAAUUAAGGGGAUUUGCCAAGGUUUAUGUUUUCUACAUAGUAUUCCUAUUGUUCAUAUGCACCUCAAGCCUGAAAACAUAUUGUUGGAUAAUAAUAUGCGGCCAAAAAUUGCGGAUUUCGGUCUCUCGAGACUCUUUGGUCAAGAACUAGUACGGAUGCACACACAGAAUGUCGUGGGAUCAUAUGGAUAUAUAGCUCCGGAAUAUUUGUACAGAGGUGAAAUCUCCACCAAAUCGGACAUAUACAGUUUAGGCCUACUGAUCCUAGAGACCACCAUUGGAGAGAGACAUAUUCUCAAACAGAAAGAACCAUCUGCACGGGAUUUUAUUGAGAAUGUACGUCAAAAGUGGACACUUGAGCACAUAUCGUGGAAGCACCCAUUCUUGGAUUCAGAUGGCCUCCUGCAAGUACGAACAUGCAUCGAAAUUGGAUUAGAAUGCGUGCAGAUUGACUGGCGCAAGAGACCUUCCAUAGAACAAAUCAUCGAAAAGAUCGACAGACUUCCGCAGAUAAGCUCUGAUAGCGUUCUCAGCCUGCAACCCCGGCGGAUAAACUUCCCUAUUAAGCCAAAAAGGUUGACGUCCAGCUCGCUUUACCUUGUAAACAAGACAGAUGAUCCUAUUGCUUUCAAUGUUGUGACCAAAAUCCCAAAGAAGUACCGUACAAAGUUACCAUUUUGUGGCAUAGUGCUGCCAAAGUGCACCUACACGCUCAACGUGAUAACACCCGAACAGAGGAAGGCACCACCCUUGGACAACGACGACUCUCUGACACUACAAAGCAGUAAAGCACUCCAUGACCAUGAGGUCCUCGAAAAUGUGGACACAGCUUCAGUGGCCGUGCUCCUUGACACCGUCGGUGAUGAGGUGCAAGAGAUGAAAGUUGUGGUUGCUUGCGAGCCAUUAGCUGAAACUGUCUCUAAUCAGAUCAUAGACGGUCAGAAUUACCGCGAGGUGUUGUCCUUAGAUGUCCAUCCAACAGAACCAUGGAUCUUGACGAGCAACAAGAAGGGUUAUGUUUGCAUUUGGAACUACCAAACGCAGGCAGACGUGGAGUCCACUGAAGUCACUAGAGAACCAGUAUAUUCGGGAAAAUUUAUUGAGCGAGAAGAAUGGUUUGUGGUUGGUAGUGGCAAUGGGUCUAUCUAUGUGUUCGAUUAUAAUACCAUGGAAGAAGUCGACGAAAUCGAAGCUCACGAUGGUCAUGGCAUUAUGUGUCUGGCGGUGAAUCCCACAUCUUCAUGUGUGCUGUCAGCAUCAGAUGACCACACAAUUAAGCUUUGGGACUGGACUAACGAAUGGAAGUGUACCCAAACUUUUGAGGGGCACGACGAUGCAGUCAUACAAGUAAUAUUUGACCCGAGGAACAGCGAAAGCUUCGCAAGUGUUUCCUUGGAUCGCACCAUUAAGAUCUGGAAUAUAAACUCUGGGACGUGCAACAUCACAUUGGAUGGGCAUCAGGAUGGUCUACUCUGUGUUCAUUACCACCCACACUAUUUUAAGCAGUUUUUGGUUUCUGGAUCUUUAGAUGGUGCUGCAAAGGUAUUGCAUAAUCUCUCAGCAGGAUAUUGCAUUCAUGCGUGGAUACUAAAGUGUUGUUUCACUUUCUUACUCAACAAGGUUUGGGACCUAGAGACAGACAGUUGUGUCGAUACACUCCAAGAACAUACAAAAGAUCUCAGUGCUCUUUGUUGGCACCCAGAACUUCGGGUACUAGUUACCGGUUCGUUUGAUGGGACCGUGCGAAUCUGGAAGUGGAAGUCUACUAGCAGUACAUACAGGCUCGAGAAUAUCAUUGCACUUAAUCUUGGUGCAGUUCAUGCUCUUGGAUACCUAAAGGGAUUAACAAGGAUUGUGGUCGGGUGCGACCAAGGAAUAUCACUGAUGGACAUUAACGUGGUGUAAAUCAAGAGCCAGUUUUUGAGCUGAAAAGUGUAGGGGAGGCCCCGACGGUAAAUUUUAU